AUUUAGCUCAUAUAACCUCUUUGGUGUUCCAUUCAUCUCUGUCCUCCAUUUUUCUCAUUCUUUUCCAAUGUCUUUCUUUCUGUUGUCCCUAUAUUUAGACAAUUAGCUGUUCUGUUCUUCAAUUAGCUUGUCCCUGUAAGAGAAUGAAGAACGAGUCUCUCUCCCUCUUCAAUCCCUUAGAAUAGAAAACCUGAAUAACUACCAUGGGACAAAAAAUACCAACACUCCCUCCCUAUAAAUUUACCCUUUUUUAACAAGCUUUCACAACCCAAUAAAGAAAGACCAAAGAAGAAAUGGCAAAAGCUUCCUUGAUCGCCCUUGUUUCCUUGGCAAUCUGCCUUUCAUCCCUCAGCUUCGCCUACGCCGACGACACCUUCUUCGUCCAGGGCAAAGUUUACUGUGACACAUGCCGUGUGGAAUUCGAGACUAGGCUCAGCCAACCUAUUAAAGGUGCAACAGUGAGAUUGGAAUGCAGGGACCGUACCGUCGGUGGCAGCAUCACGUACAGCCAAGAGAGCGCUACAGACGAAUUCGGUAAAUACAGUAUCCCAGUCCAGGGCGAUCACGAGGAAGAAAUUUGCGAAGUCAGGGUUGUGAAGAGUCCCAAGGAAGACUGUAAUGAAUUCAUGGAAGCAUGGCAGAAAGCCAGAGUCCUACUCACCAAGAAGAAUGGGGUGAGCGAUUCCAUUCGAUAUGCCAACAAUCUUGGGUUCUUGAAGAAGGAAGCUGUCCCCGGAUGCGCUGAAGUUCUUAAAGAAUUGGGUUUCCUUCCUCUUAACUAAGAAAUUCCCUUUUUAACUUCGUGCCUAUGUAAAAAAAAAUAACAAUUGUCUAGCGCCAUGGUUUGUUCAAAUAUGUGCAAACCUUGAUGCACUCAUAUACUGGUCUUCACAGAACCAUAUACAAGAAUUAUUUCAUAAUAUGAAUUAUUCUUUCUCUC